GGUAACGGAACACGUAAUGCGGUCGACGUAGGGGGGCAGAGCAUCUCGCUGCAUCUGGAUUUUUUUUAAGCAGGUGGGGUUCUGCCGGUUUUGUAAAUGAAACUCUUCCACGGAAUUCUUGGCAAUAAGCCCUUUCGCUGUCCUCACAGUUGCCAUGAGCAGUGAGCUGAACGUGCCGAUGGGUUCCCCGGCCAUCGGGGGGUCGGAGCGAGUGCAGGACGGAGGGGGAAUGGAUUACAGGGACUGGGUACGCCGGAGCUACCUGGAGCUGGUCACCUCGAACCACCAUUCCGUACAGGCGCUGUCAUGGAGGAAGCUCUAUCUGAGCCGCGCCAAGCUCAAGGCUUCCAGCCGUACCUCGGCCUUACUCUCGGGGUUUGCCAUGGUUGCCAUGGUGGAGGUCCAGCUGGAGAUGCAGUACAACUACCCUCGCUUCCUGCUCAUCGCCUUCAGCGUGUGCACCACGGUGCUGGUGGCAGUGCACCUCUUCGCCCUGCUCAUCAGCACCUGCAUCCUGCCCAACGUGGAGGCGGUGAGCAACAUCCACAACCUCAACUCGGUCAGCGAGUCCCCGCACGAGCGCAUGCACCACUACAUCGAGCUGGCCUGGGGCUUCUCCACCGCCCUGGGCAUCCUGCUCUUCCUGGCCGAGGUGGUGCUCCUCUGCUGGAUAAAGUUCCUGCCGGUCGACUCGGGGGCCGUCCGGCCCAACUGCACCACGGCGAACCCUCCCCCGCCCGGGUACAGCGGCUGGCAGGCCGCUCUGGCCUCCACCAUCAUCAUGGUGCCCGUGGGCCUGAUCUUCGUGGUCUUCACCAUCCACUUCUACCGCUCGCUGGUGCGCCAUAAGACGGAGCGCCACCACCAGGAGAUCGAGGAACUGCACAAGCUCAAGGUGCAGCUGGAUGGCCACGACCGCGGCAUCCAAGCCGUCUGAACAGCCCCCGCCCUCCGCUCCAACCCGCCCCCUUCUUGGCUCCCUUCCCGCUCCUCCGGUUCUUGGCCUGUACCGGCUUGUCUCCCAAAGCGCCGCCACCUCCGAAAUCUGUUUCAGCGCUCACAAUAAAUGUUGCUUGGUGACUUCCUCUGUUUCGGAGAUUCGAGUAAGCCUCGGGCCCUGACCCCUGAGUCCAGCGUCCCAAGUGUUUGUGUGUUGGUUGUAGGCUAGAAUAUGGUCCCUAUAUGUGAGAUAUGCUACCCUUGUGUCUGGUGUAUGUGCUGUAUUAAUAAACCGAAAGACUUUAUAAAGACAAAAGAAAGUUUACAGGUAACCUUAAGGGCUAAUUUGUUUUCAGUUUAAUUUACUUUUGUAUGUUUUUUUACUUUUUUAUUAUUAUUUCUAUGGUGGCAACUUUUACAUUCUGCUCCUAUGUAAGCAUGUAAAUGAAAAUGCGGGUGUAAGGAAUAGAUUGCAACUGAAAUCCAAAUAAGAAAGUCGACCUUUCAUUUCUUGUGUGGUGAUGUGGCUAGGGCAGGAAACCACCAUGCGUACAUUGACGCUCGAGUUUAGUAUUUCCAUUCAACUGGUGCAAGUGUCCUGUGCAGUUUCCAAGACAGAGAGGAACAUGUUAAUGAGGUCCAAUCAGGAACCAAACAAAAGCUGACCAGAUCAUCUCUGGUCAGGUUGACUUCGUAUAGGAGAAAGCAUGGGCCAGCAUAGACUGUUCUGUUUUGGUAUAAUGGUUUCAUUUAUGACUAUACCCUUAGCAGCUAUGUGCAUGUCUCAGGUCUGCAGUUACCUUAAGGUUAUUUGCUAACUGAGCAAAAGGAUAAUGCAGUGUAAGUAAACAACUUUAUGUGCACACAAAAGAGUUCAUAGUGAUACAAAAUUGGCAUUCACAUGGCAGGGUCAUCUAUACUUGAACCAGAGAUUAAACGUAUACUAAGCUGUGCAAUACAUUUGGAGGAAAAUAUUAUUUUCCAGUUUCAAAUUUGUGUUUAGUCUGUUAGGCAUUUCGGCCCUCUUCAUUCUAAUGAUGAAAUGUGCUUUGUGUAUAACUUGGAUCAACACAUUUAAGCAACCUUUUAGAUUCAUAAACAGUGGGUGGCUCAUAUUAUAAGAGAAUAUAUUAAUAAUUUAAGAAUAAAUUAUUAAAGUUUAAGGAAGAAGUAUAACAGUGAGAUUUGGCUAUCCGUACAAUGUCUUGCAGACAGGAAAAGGUUCUGGUAGUUUUCACACUUUACAUACACAGGUUUAGUUAAUUGAAAGCUUUUCAAGUGCUUAUUAAGAACCUUUCUUUUUAAAUUGGCUUUUGCUGCAUAAAUUUCAGGUGUGGGCCGAAACCAGGGUAAAGCUUUAUUUUACUGUACCAUUGUACAGGUAGAUGUGUUCUUGUUACAUUAUUUCAGUGUCAAACGCUGACAUGCUUAAAAUAAAAAUAAAAUAAAAUAAAAAAAUGUUAUCAACAUAGGUUUUGGUCAAGCUCUUAGGAACCUGAUGGGUUUGGUCCUUUUUCCAAUGGAACUGAAUGUUUGGGACAUGUAGCUUUUUAUGAGCAGGAAGUAAAUGAUGGGAGAACGGUUGCCAUUAUUUUAUUUUGUUGCUGCGUCUGUAAAGAAAAGGAAAACAUUCCAGUAUAUGACCUUUCAGCAAGGGUGUAAUUUAUUUUUUUGAAGGGAUAGGGGGUUAUGAUGUUACAAAAUGGGCCAAAUACUAUAAUAUUAAUAGUGUCAAAUAAUAUAGCAUGAUAAUGAUGAGUCAUUUCACAUAAUAAACAGGAAGAAACAUGUCAUUUCCUCAUAGAAGCCAUCGGAAAUGAUAAUUUCGCAGCUGUUCUUUAAAGAUUUCUUUCAGGGGGGCAUGCCCACAGACACCCUUACAGGGUUGUAGUCUAUGCAUUUCACCCCCCCCCCCCCAAACCAAACCAAACCAAACCAAAUGAUGUGCUUGUCUGUUCGACCAAGAUAUGUCUGCUUCAUGUCUCUGACACAAGAGGAAGCUGAAGUGCACUUGUAGUCUAGUUCAAUACUUUAAGCAAAAUUUCGCAGGCCAUUCAAUUAGAGCACAAAGUGGCCAGGUAUUUAGCAUUUUUGGGGGGGGUUUACCUUUUUCUUACGUAUUAUCAAACUGAUAUGCUGUGUCAAGCUUGGGACGAGCUGUGUCAUUUCGACCGUUGGCUAAAGCUGAAGCCUGACUGCUUUGCACUGUCGCUCCAUAACGUGUGCCAACGUAGUCUGACCAAGAUAACCGCUUAUUUAUUGACUUUGUGUGCCCAUGGACGACUUCUCAAGCACUUGACCUUCCACAUCGAAAAUGUUUACUUGUCCAUUUUUGUCAAAGAGAAUUUUGAUAAAGCUGUACCGUACCACAUAAUUUUGGAUAUUAAUACAAAAAGGCCUUGUAUGUCCACUCACUGAAUUGAUUAUACUCGUAACAGUUAUUAAAACAAGUUCUAUGGAAUAA